UCAGAAGUCACACCUCGGUGUUUCUGGACCCAGCAGCUGGUCCUGCCCCCUGCAGGGUUUCUCAACCACCACCAGAUCCCUUGUAACUCUUGCAGAACGUGGGGCUUUCUUGUGUAAUCUGAUCCAGCCACCACCGCACGCACACACACCCUUUUUCCUCCUAUUUAGGUAAAACUCAGCCGUCAACUUCUUCAUCGUAGAGCAGCACCAGCAUCCGAGACAGAGGUGGUCUUGGAUGUCCAACCCUUUGUCUCUGCGCGGGAGAGACAGGCAAUAAGAGACGAAGGCAAAAGGCUACUUCAAGCCACCAAGGAAGGAUGUGGGCUUAUACUGCUGGUUUUACUGUCCUGCCUCAUGUUGGAGGUUUCCUUGGCUGGUUCAUUAAUCGAAAAGAAAUCCCUGUUUGGUAUGAGAAGCUGAAAAAACCUUCGUGGUGUCCAUCCCGCAAAAUAUUCCCUGUUGCUUGGACUGUCCUGUACACUGGCAUGGGCUACGCCUCCUACCUGAUCUGGAACGACCUGGGUGGCUGCAGCAGCAAAGCCAUCAUCCCGCUUGGCCUCUACGGGGCUCAGCUGGCCUUGAACUGGGCUUGGCCUCCCCUCUUCUUUGGUGCACGUAACCUGAAGAUGGCCCUGGUCGACAUCCUGUGCUUGGACAGCCUGGCGAUAGGCAUGAUGUGCUCCUGGUACCGCAUCAACAAGAUAGCGGCGCUGCUGCUGGUGCCGUACCUGGGCUGGCUGGCCAUGGCGACCUGCCUCACAAUCCGCAUCUGGAAGGAUAACCCUGAGCAAAAACCAGGAAAGAGUGAAUAAGAGCAGAACAGAAACGAAGGCGUUUUGUGAAACUAAACUCUGUUGAUGUGAAUCAAGAUGUAAUCAUUUGGGGGAUUCAUUUUGAGACAGGCGUGUGAAUGUGCCUCCUCCUCCUCCCACCUCAUCGUGGUUGUGUAAAAGAAAGCUUUGCACUAUGCACCCCUGUGUUUCUUUAAAGUAACCGUGCAACCUUAUCCUGGCACCUGUUUUCUCCAGCACCGUUGAGGUUUGGGAGCCACAGCUCUUUAAGGACCUUAAUGCUAUCAGGUGAAAUUCCAUUAGCCAAACUAGGAUCUCAUGAUACCGGUGUAACUCAGAGUAGUGACCCUGGACACCCCUUGAGCCUCUACCAUUCCCCCAAUGAGCAGAACUCAUUCACAUAUGUGGUAAAUCCUAUCACCUCUUCUGGAACCAAACAAAAAAUGCCCUUCUCUCAUGCACACCAGUUUUUAAGAACUUACUUGAUUUGUUGCUAUUUGUGCUGUUGCUUCAUUUUCAUCUAUCACCUGGUUCAGGCUUUGUACCAUUAAAUUUUUUAUCUGUCACCUACGGAGCAAGCAGUAAUCUGUCUUGUUCUGCUGGUGAAAGGAGACUGGGCACUUUGACUUCUAUUUGUGGAGUAUCGCACUUCUUGAGUUUCACGCUCCAAGAUAAAGCAGCAAUGAUUAGAAUGCAAAUGCUUCUCCCAAGAGGAGAUUUCUCUUUUCCAGCUCCCGGUGCUAUUUCUCACCAGAAAAGGAAAAACUAACAUCAGUGCCUUUGAAAAACCUUCGUGAAAUUUAAAAACUUGCUCACAUUGCCUCGAAGGUUGUAAUUACGAUUGGCAAAAAGCCUUAUGCCAAGUCUGUCAGGUGCAGUACAGGCACCUCAUCUCAUAGUCUUCCCAUUUCUGAAUAUUAUUAAUCAGGAAAGGUUCAAACACAAGUUGUUCUAGAGAACCCUACAAUCACUAAGGCUGGAAAAGACCUCUAAAAUCAUCAAGUCAAACCGAUGAUGAGAAAUAGGACCAAGCCAUGACAGAAUCGGACACAAAAGGUGCACAGAGUAGCCUUCCCCAUCGUUUAUUCUGACUCUUGCCUUUGAUAAAGCCGAACCUGUUGCUGCCUACAGAGAAUAUUUACUAUUAUUUUGUAAUUGAUAGAAGCACUGGAUGUGAAGGGAAGUGGGAAGUGGGUCUUCUUCCAGCUGACUGCAGAUUGAGCUGCGCGGGUGCAAGGGGAGGGUGGGUAGGAGGGCUUAGCUCGGGCUGUAAAAUAAAUUGUAUUUGCUUUUAAUAAAAACAAGCCAAUUCUGUGGGUACAAU